GCGGCGGUCUCUCUCUCUCUCUGUCUCUCUCUCUCUCCUAACCGGAUGUUGAUACUGGCUGAAAGCGGAACGCAGACAGGAACAGCUGAAAAAGAAAAACAAAGCCACGACGACGACGAAAACAAAACACUUGCGCACACAAUACAGGCCUGUUGUCGUCGUUAGCUGAGCGGUUAGCCUGAUGUUUGCUUCCACUGACUUCCUCAAGGACUGAAAUGUUUUGAAAACCUCACAAAAAAUGGGACGCAUCUUCCUGGAUCAUAUUGGCGGGACACGCCUCUUCUCUUGCGCCAACUGCGAUACCAUCCUGACGAAUCGCUCCGAACUCAUUUCCACACGCUUCACAGGAGCCACAGGCAGAGCUUUCCUCUUCAAUAAGGUGGUGAACCUCCAGUACAGCGAAGUGCAGGACAGAGUGAUGCUCACCGGCAGGCACAUGGUGCGGGAUGUCAGCUGCAAGAACUGCAACAGCAAGCUGGGCUGGAUCUACGAGUUUGCCACCGAGGACAGUCAGCGGUACAAAGAGGGCCGCGUCAUCCUGGAGAGGGCGCUGGUCAGGGAGAGCGAAGGCUUCGAGGAGCACGUCCCCUCGGACAACUCCUGAGCUCCGGACCUGCCCCCCGCCCUCCCGCUCUGCUCCUUCCUCCUCUCCAUGCUGCACACAUCACCAGCUGGACACAGGGGAGAACCUGUGAGGUUUUGACUUCAGCUUCCCUCUCCUUUCUUGAUCUUUGACCUCUGGCGAUUUUUAAAAAAGAAAUAAAAUAAAUUGUGUGCUGGCUAGGCACCCCCCAAAGUAUUUCCAAAGUCCCUCACCGCAGCUGUAACGAGGUGUCCCUUCACUCACCUGCAUAAGCAUGAUCACUGAGUUUACUAACUUCAUGGACUCAGUUAGUCGAUGCUGACUUGAGUCCAUGAAGGAAACAUGGACAUGACUGUGCUGUUUCCAUUUAUGGAGUUAAAGUGUUGAAUUCAGAGAGAGCUGAUUCUCUUUGCAAAGCGUUGUAAAAUGAGCCUCUACUUCUGAUUUUUGUGAUAUUUGUGCUCCUGUGUUGUGUUGUGUUGUGUUGUGGGACCAUCCCUUCUUCACAUCGAAUGGAUCUCAGACGCCGACAUGGCUGUUUAUUCUCCAUCGGCUGCAUUUUUUUCUUCUUAGCUUCUAGUUUAAUGGACGUAGUGGUGUUUCAAGAUCUCCGUUCUCAUACAAGAGAUACAAUGAGGACCGCACAGAAUGAUGUCAUAUUUUAAUAUUCUUUGUGCUUAAUAGUGAUUCAGCGCCUGCUUCGAUAGUGUACAUACGAUUUGAUUGAUGCAACCUACAGAAAGUGACCUCCGCAGCUUCUGCUCAUGACGUGAAAGUGGUACCGUUGGAGUUGUUACCAUGGAUUCUGGGUCUGCCUGUGUGCCGUGUGAAGAGCAAAGUGUCACUGUGACAUCCUUCUUGUUUAGAAGUCCUGGUUUAUAAAGUGGUGAGUGACAUCUGAAAGUAGCUGUGACUCCAAGCUAAACACAGAAUAUUAAAGUUUGCCCUUUUAAACACAAGCUCUCUGCUAAUGCUGCCUUCAGCAUGAUGACCCACACUUUGUAUAACCUCCAGCUUGGGACAUAUUUUGUCAUCAGAUGACUUGUUUUAUAAAAACCAAAAGCCAGGCGAGCUUUAAUAGGGUACUUUGCCCUUAUUUUUGGACUCUGUUUUUAUAAUCAAAUUGUAUGAAAUUUGUUUUUUGUUUUAUGACAUGUCAUGUUAAUGUUAGACUAUUUUGGGGUGCAGUUUGAUAUGGUGCUGGUUAGAAGUUUACGUAAUGCUCUUCAUCGUCGUGACAAAUGUCAUAAGUUUGGACAUUUUUAGUCAAUAAAUUUUAACAAUUUGGUGCACAA